CGCUGAUAAAAGUGCGUGACGGAUGGUGUUCGCAUACCGAGUACUCGAGUAGGCGUAGGUCUGGGUGCAAACUGUGCAAUACCAUGCCAACUGUUCGGCUGAGGCCGUUUUUCACGCGAGGAUCAUAGCUGUAAAUACCAGAUGUUCGUCUCUUGAUAGGAAAGCCACAAUGGAAGGACUUGGGUCGUGUACACACAAGGUGAUUGAUGCCUUGGUGUGGUUUGGACACCAGGUCCGCCAGUAUGUGACGGUUGAACCUGUCAUGCUGUUCUACAUGCUCGGGAGUUUCCUCCAGUACUCAGCCGUUAUUCAACUGCUAUAUCUCAAGCUGUGCGUGAUCAAGUUCAACGAUACUUUGGCUUGUCGGAAUCUGAGCGGUCACCCUGACAUGGAGAGGUACACGCAGGAUUCCGCCUCCACCUGGCUGAUCGUUCUCAACGCUUUCCUGACCAUAUCUUCCAUUGUCAGCACUCUGUUCUACGGGGCCUGGUCGGACAGGGUGGGACGACGGAUUACAAUCAUUCUCCCAGCUACCGGGUCCGUCAUAAAUGGCAUCGUCUUGAUAAUCUGCGCAAGGUAUAUGUUCUCGUCCAUUUGGUAUGUCGUUUUGGGCACUGCCUUGAUGGGGGUGUUUGGCAGUUUCCCCACACUCACCACUGCUGUAUUUAGUUACCUGGGAGAUGUAACGACCACCGAGAACAGGACAAUGAGGUUUGGCAUUUUGGAAGCCAUGACCUUUUCGGGUAGCUUUAUUGGGCUCAUCACAGGAGGUGUCGUCAUUGAUAAGGCGGGCUACAUAGCUGUGUUUGCUUACUACAUUGCCUGUAAUGCCGCAGUGGUUCUCUACACCAUUUUCUGGCUGCGGGAAUCUGUGCCCGGUUCAUCUUCAUCGAGCACCAUCGCGGACACUGACAGUAAGGUACUCGUCGACGACGUGGACAGUCAGGUAGAAACUGAUUUGGGGAUGCCCGACACCACAUCAAAGGGUUGUUGCUGUCAGCUGAUGCGAUUUGAGAACAUUAGGAAUGCCAUUUGCAUUCUAGUCAAAAAGCGGCCCCGUUAUGGAAGGCUUCAGUUAGUCCUACUGAUCAUGUGCCUGUUCACUCUUCAGCUAGUUGGAGAAGGGUUUACCGACACGAUUAUUCUGUAUCUCAAGAAGGAUCCGCUUGAAUUUGAUGCUUCAACGAUUGGGUUCUUUCAAGGUCUCAAGAACGGCCUGACGGCAUUGACCCUGAUCGUGGGCAUGCCGUUACUGAGGCUGACCAAAGUACAUGACACCGUCAUUGCCUUCGUAGCAUUGAUAUUCCGUAGCGGGGCAUUUAUCAUGAUAGCCUUUGCUCGUGAACGCCUGACAGUUUUCCUAAUGCCCAUUCUCUACAGCCCGUCUGGCAUACCAGCUGCAGUCACAAGAGCUCUCCUCUCCAAAAAUGUCCAAGUUACUGAGCAAGGUGGGCUGUUCUCCCUGACGGGAGCCCUGGAAACCCUGACAACGUUUCUCUCCUCGGCCAUUUUCAACGCCCUCUAUCCUGCCUCCAAGAACAUCAUCGGGGGAGGCUUUGUCUUCAUUGUGAUGGCUGUCUUACUCAUCAUACCCAUGAUGCUUAUGAUGUGGGUCCGCGAUCUUCAAAAGGGAAGCACCUACGACCGAGCAAGGCCUCCAGCAAGAGAAGGUAACGAAUCUUCGAUUUAUGGAGACACCUAACCCACCUCAAUCACAUCCAUCGAUCACUGCUGAAAUCGUCACUCACAGUCUAGAUUUGGCCAUUUAGAACUGCAAAGUGCAACUGUUGAAUCAUCCAGUUUGUAGUCUUGCUUUCCAUAUUUUCAAUUGUUUGCCCUUUUUAGCCAGCUACAAAAACCAUUUUACAGAUCAAGUUAAGGUUCCAUUAGCCUAUUUGAAGUAUGAGGGACACAACAGGAAGGUGCUAUUUAAAGUGGGUACAUUUUGAGCAAACAAAAGAAUUUGCGCAAACCAAACAGCGUCCUCCCAUUGAGUCUGCCAAACCUCAAAACAGGCUAAAUCCCCAGAUGUUGUGGUUUCAAAAAUGGAAUGUAACCAUCCAUUGGCAAUUCAAAGGUAUGUUUUUCUGGGGAAUGUGGUUUCUCAUUGGCCGCAGUGCUCUCUGUUACUAGUAAUUAACUUGAAACGACCAUACCUCAUGCAUUCAUCAUGAUCAAAAGUCCAACUCUCACUGGUUUACUGCUUUUGCUGCUUACCAAGUGCACAAUCAAGGACCUGCGCAAACUCAAAUAUACUGGUAUUUCUUUGUACCUGUUCCCAGGAACAGUUCAGUUGGACUGCCACCGGAGUGAAUCAUCACUACAGACGCGUACAUGUAUACGUGUAUUUAAAUUAGGUUGUGUGGGUCCUGCUUCCUUUGCCUUGCUAUUGAAUACGUAUGAGGUAUGGGAAAACAAGUGUAGCAGUAUUUGACUUGGGUGGUAGAUUUUAGGCCCCCCCCCCAAAUAUUACAAGUUGAAAACUACUUCCAGUACCACAGGGAGCUCAACUUUAAUAUCCACCCUCCAACAUUUUAUCUUACUGUUACUUUCAGACUAAUGUGUCAAGUGUUUCGAAAAGAGGUAAAGGAUUUAAAUGCCAUCUGAGUCAUCUACAAAAGUAAUUGUAUCUAUUGUUAUGCAGGUGAAUUCAAUUAAGAAAAAAGUUCAGAUUUAUUAAUUUCUAUCAGUGUUGAACUUUUCACCUUGCUGAAAAGUAAAUUGUUAAAUAUCAAUCAUUGGGAUAUUUGAUUAUGUGUAACUUGCACAUCUAGUCAGUAAGCCACAAAAAACUAUUUUGAGAAUAUAUUCCCACAGGUUUCAGUUUAUUUCAUCAUUUUUAAACUUUGAAAUACAUGUAUGGAAUUUGUGUAACGGCUUUUUAAAAAAAGUGAUUUGAUAUGAGCAAUUGAAACUAAACACCAGUGCAAAUUAAUUGUAAACUGUUAUGCAUUCCCCCACUGCCAUGAGGCCUAUCUACACUUCAUAAGAAUUCAAAGUGAAUUUGACAUAAAAAUGCUACCAGUAACAUGCACAGGAGGUUGUACAGCGUUCGACUUGUACAAGUGCUCAGUCAAGAUUUUCUGUGACGGCACAGAGCGAUCAAAUUUUGGGUUUUCAUUUGCGAUGAGUGCGAAUAAGCCCUCAGGUGCAGGGAUGUGAUGUUGAAUGUCAGAAGGGGUGUGCUGACACAACUUUGUCACAUUGUGCACAUGUAUAGCCGUUCUAAGGUCACAUUUUAUGUGUCACCUUAUGCUUUAAAAGCUUUCAUUUGUUGGAAUUAUUUGAAUGGACAUCAGAAACCGUAAUCAAACCAUUAAAAGAAAUCGUGUCAUUUGGA